AAAAGAUAAAUUAUAUUACAUUUCAAAGAAGGUAAAAACGUGAUCUUCUCUUAUUUCCUUGAUGGCCUAAAAGGCAUUUUCCUAAAGGUCGAUUUUGGUAGACUUUCCUUGUUAUAAUGUAGGACCCACCAUUCCAAAAACCUAGAAAUAAAUUCUGUUACAAUGAUGUCCCACUUUGGGCUAUAUUUUGAGUAUAUUGACUGGACUAGUAUAAUAACUGGUAUGUAAAAUUAAGAGAUUUUGAAGACCAUCUAAAAUACAGUAGUUAGUAUUUUCAAAAUUUCGGGUUAGUAAGUCGAAAUUUUGAGUAAGUAUCUGAAAGUUUCCAGUUAUCAUUUGCUCGAUGGUAUGCAUAUGUUGGCCUCACUGACCAUCUGGACUGAUGAGCGGGGCCAAAAAGGGUCAAUUUAAUCAACUUUGAUAUCAAAACUCAGGUGACCGUUAAGGUUCAUGGGCAUCUUAUUCUGUUUUUAACAAAAUAAUAGAAAUUGGACAUCAUUGUACUAAAAUCAAUAGUAUUCUAAAAUUAUGUUUUUAAUAUAUUCUACGUGCCAACACCGGUAAUUUAAUUGUAGAAUGUGCAACUGACAAAAACUUUUUUUCGAAUAUGUAACAUCUUUAAUGGGACACUGGCAGAAAAAUGGGAAAUUAUCAAUAAAAUCGUUGUCGAGUAAAAAUAUGUUUAACACUCCGGGACCAGGAAAGUGGGUCGUGUUAGAGAACGGCGUACAAGAUUUCACCUCCACCAACGUCAUUUCCUAUACGAGAGGUUACGCCCACUGCACGCGGUCAGAACCCGAAUACCGAAGCUUUGAACACACUUCAAUGAAUCUUAUCGAGCUUUCAGGUGACAAUUCAGGCAGACGACAUCAUUGAUGAGUAUUUCUAAAACAGGACUAUGUUUACCAUUCAAUUCGUCGUGUGCUUAUCCAUUACUACUCUCACACAGUAGCACUUUUUGUUUCGUUUGGUUGUGAAACACAACAAACAGACAAAGGAAGAAUAUAAACAUUACGGUGCCCUAUUUUUAUCGACAAUUCGUGUUUACAGUCACUGGAUAAAGCUGUGUACGUGACGAAAUAUGGCUUUACAAGAAGUAACUAGAAGAGAUUCUGAUACAGAUCUGGCUGCACAGUGUUUAGUGGCAAUGUCAAAUCCGUGUGCUGUUGCGGCGAAACCAGCUGAUUGUAAAAUGGCCUCUUAUGAAGCUAACGACGUAACUACAACAGACCCGAAUUCUUUGGUUAUGUUGGCGCGAAUACUGACGGACUUGAGUAAAUUUAAACAAGAACCAAUAGAUCAUGAUUAUAUCAACAAUGAGUUGCAGAGUUAUAAUUACCGAUCGGUGCCAAAUGACGAGAAUUUCUUGGACACAAACGCGCCCCGAAAACGAAAGCGCUCAAAACAUGGCACCACGCCCACUGACUGUAACACUGAAGAUCACAGUUACAAUAAAGGACGUUCUGGUGGAUCCAAAAAAGUACACAAAUGUUCUUUUAAAGGAUGUGGAAAGGUGUAUGGGAAAAGUUCACAUCUUAAGGCACAUCUUCGGACACAUACAGGUGAGCGUCCUUUCCCAUGCAGCUGGCCAGCCUGUGAAAAAAGAUUUGCUAGAUCAGAUGAGUUGGCUCGACAUAUAAGGACACACACAGGUGAGAAGAAGUUCCAAUGUCCCCUUUGUGAGAAAAGGUUUAUGAGGAGUGACCAUCUGAACAAACAUGCUCGUCGCCACCCCGAGUUUGAAGAAGGCAUGUUGAAGCGUAUCCGUCAGGCAGUGAAGCACGAAUCAACAAAAAGUGAUGGCGGGGAUCGCUUGGCUUCGAGUUCAAGCGUUGUUUGAGAGACAAACAAAAGGUUUCACGCAAGUCUUAUUGACUAUAGUGUGAUUUGAAAGACAAUUAACCAUACGGUUUCACACAAGUCUAUUUGACUAUAGCGUGAUUUUAAGACAAUUAACCAUACGGUUUCAAACAAGUCUAUUUGACUAUAGCAUGAUUUGAAAGACAAUUAACCAUACGGUUUCAAACAAGUCUAUUUGACUAUAUGGUGAUAUGAAAGACAUUUACCAUACGGUUUCAAACAAGUCUAUUUGACUAUAGCGUGAUUUGAAAGACAAUUAACCAUACAGUUUCAAACAAGUCUAUUUGACUAUAAGUUUAACUAAAGAAUGAGUUGACAAUUGUCUACAUUGCAAGUCAAGUCAAUGUUAAUUGAUGUUGAUAUUGAGUAAGUAUUAGAGAAGAGUUGUCGGCAUCAGACAUACGUCCAUGUCAGUUAUACCAGUGUGAGAAUACACAGCUCAAGACUAUAUCAGAAUGGUUUUCAGCACGAAAUAGCAAGCAUUAUUCAAUAUAUAUAUCCCUACUUGGUAACUUCCAUAUCUGGCAAUAAGCCCACACCUGUAACAAACUCACUCAUGUAUAUUGUAGUUCUGUGAAAUUACCAACACAUUUUCAUUUCAUAAUUGGUCUGUUAUCCAGUGAAUUUGCCCAUGUGGUAUUUUCGUAUAUGUCACUAUAGUGUAAUAUUCCUUGGAGUACUUUUUGUUGGCUGCUCCAGAAAAUGAUUGUAACAUCAUAAUGUAGACAAAUGAUGUUACAUCAUGAAUUGUAUAUGGCUCCACAAAAUGGCUGCCUCCAUUUGAAUUUGCCCUCCACAUUUUGACUUUUUAUCCUGUUAAUUGUUUUGAGUUAUGUGAUAAAAAAUAUCUGAAAUUUGUUUUCAGUUCAUAUCAAAUUUUAUAAAAUUUGUCUCAAAGGUUUAAUUUUUGCUCACCAAGGCUCAUAAAAGUAAAAACUUUCAAAACUUGAUAAGCUUCAUAAAAUCUUUCAUGGAAUAAAAACAAAUUAAAGUUCCUAUGUAUAUAUACCAUAUAAAGAUCCUGUAAUUACGUUGGGGAAAGACUUUUAUGUGCCUGAAGAUCUCUGCCUACAAUUUUCAAUCAAUCUCCUUGAAACUUGAAAUAAUCCUGAUAUACAGUAGUGCUUUCCUUAGCCAUAUUCUGAUUUGUUAGAAUAACAGUAAUAUCAUUUGUAUAACUUAUUGAAAGAUUUAUGCUUUUCAUUUCAGUAUUCUAAUCUAAGAUUUCAAAUUGGCUUAACUUUCAACAGUCUUAAGAUCCAGAUAUGCUACAAACAAGUGAAACAACCUUAGGUGCUUUAUAAAAGUAGUGAGUUUCACCCCAGCCUUCACAUGUGCUUCUGGGGAGGGCUGAAGGUUGCUAUAGUAAUUUGGAAAAGGAUAUUUCCGGGAAAUUUAGUACGUUUUGAAUUAGAAAUAUUAAGUCUGAGAUGGCAUUUUGAUCUAAUGAUUAUUUUGAACAUUUGCCCACCCAGGGGGAGGAAGGGCAGGGUUAAAAUGGGUAGAAUUGACUUAAAGGAUACAAAUAUUGUGAAAAAUAUGACAUUUGUGCAUUUUUAUGUCAUUUGACGUAACAAUAGCGCUACAGAGCUAAUUUUCCAAUACAACAUAUUCGGCUGUGAAAAAAAAUUCUUGUAUCUUGUAUAUGACCCAAAAACAGGUGUGUUGUCUGAUUACCACACAAUUUUAUAUUUUAAGUUUCUCAAUUUCCACCAGUAGGAUUUGAAUGAAUCUUGUCAUAAAUAAUAUUAUCCUGACCAAGUGUUAUUUUCAGGUCAGUCCAAAAUCCAAGAUUGUUGCCAUUUUGAAAAAGUAAUACUUUAAUAAGAUUUAAUUACAAACAGGUAAGGUAAUGUUAAAUUGUCAGUCGGCUAAUACCUGAUAAAAAGUACAUCAAUUCUGUUGUGGUCCACAAGAAACACUAAAAAAUGUUUUUUCUUUGUCCUGCAAAUAGUCCGUCUCCUGCUUUGAGUAAAGGUUUAUUGAAAUUUUGACCCUAGGGCUAAUUACAGAAUAAAUUUGGUACGAUACGGAAGAAUAACACAUGGAUAGUUAUUACAUGUAAUCAUGUGUACAUUUGAUAGCUAAACCAUGACUCUUGGGAAUAGAUACAGAGAUUGUGAUAAUAUUACUGUGAUUUUCCUAUAAAGUGCUAUGAUAUUUUAAAGAGAUUGUUUACUGUAUGAUAUGAAGCUUGUGAAAAAUAAGUACUAUUUUGGAAUCCCUAAAAGGGGAAAUAUAUAUACAACCUUACAAUGCUCACUGAAAAUACCCUAGCUUUUAAACUACUACAAAAUGUACUUCUCUUCCUCAGGCAAAGAUAAGAGUGGGCAACUUUUGUAAGAUGAUUUAAUGUAUUACCAAGAGAACACAGAAAAUAAUAACAACACGCAAGGUACAUUGUAUAUAUAAACAGAUUAAAUAUGGAGUUCUCAUUGGUGUGUAUAAGUCAAUUGGAAAUGGUAGUACAUAACGAUAUUCAGUAAUUAAUUAUACAUGUAUAUAUAUAAAUUAUGUAGACUUUAUUUAUUUUACAACAAUUGCAAAACAAGUCAUACCAACUAAUAUAAAUCACUCUUGUCGGCCUAUGGGAGGAAACUUGAGUACCUGUAGAAACCUACCUGGUCGGGCAGGUAACUCCUUUCUAUUUCACAUCCAGUCAGGGAGUCAAACCCCGGACCCCUAGGUGAAAGGCAGAUGUGUUACCACUGUGCCACCCAACCACCCUAUUUAAUAAUGAUUUUACUUCUAGAAUGUUACCGGUGUUUGCAUUUGAUUAAAUAGGGAAAGUAAAACAGGAUAUAUUUUUGAGAUUUAUGUAGAAAGCUAUUGAUAACUUUAUGCCAUGAAGUUGUUGAACUUGAAUGAAAAAGAUUAUCAUUUAUAAUUUAAGCGGUAAAUGUUAUGGUGAAUGGUGAUUUCAAAAAAAAAAGGGAGAAAAACUUUAAUUUUGGUAAAGUGUGCUGCAAUUAUCAAAAUUAGUGAGCUUUUCAGUAAAGGUUUCUCUUACCCUGUACAGGUGUUCUCUUACCCUGGACAGGUAUUUCUCCUACCCUGGACAGGUGUUUCUCUUACCCUGUACAGGUGUUUCUCUUACCCUGGACAGUUGUUUCUCUUACCCUGGACAGGUGUUUCUCUUACCCUAUACAGGUGUUUCUCUUACUCUGUACAGGUGUUUCUCAUACCCUGUACAGGUGUUUCUCUUACCUUGUACAGGUGUUUCUCGUACCCUGUACAGGUGUUUCUCGUACCCUGUACAGGUGUUUCUCUUAUCCUGUACAGGUGUUUCUCUUACCCUGUACAUGUGUUUCUCUUGCCCUGUACAGAUGUUUCUCUUAACCAGGGAAAGUGCUGUUAUCUUUCAAACUGGUCCAACUUACCACAUGGAGUCCCAAUUGUUUUCAGUACCAAUAUACUGCUAGUGAGUAUAUACCAGAGUCAGAUGACCAUUAACUCUUUCACCCCUACUUACCAUAUUGGACUUCAAAUGAUAAAUGAAAGGCAGAGUCCACUGAAGUUUAAUAGGGUUGAAAAGGUUAAGGCUCUUGUUUGUUAUUGUAAUAGUGUCAUUGACAUAUAUUUUUGUAAAUGUAUUGUUUUCGCUCACAAUGCCAAGGCAUUUGUGAGCUGAUAUUGUGAUUGCCAUAUUUUUUAUUUGAAAUAUCUCAUUGAAAUCAAAAGGGGUGAUUCUUACUUGUUACAAUCAUAAUACAGUAUACAACAUGUUAUGACUUUGUAAUAUCACUAUGGAUGGUGCUGAGAGUCUUUGAUGCUAAUGCAAUAAGGUAAUAGAAGGAAGGAUGGUAAAAUGAAAGGAUAUUAUUGAGGAACAACCACUGGGGUUGGGUAUCUGCAGCAAUGAGCCGGUUAAUUUGAACUUAAUAGAGAAUACAGCCUCAGUCUAUACUAAACAUUUGGUGGUCAUGAUUAGAUGAAACAUUUUGGUGAUUAUGAUUAUAUAAAACGUUUUGAUGAUCAUGAUUAUAGUCAACAUUUUGGUGACCAUGCCAUGGCCGUUUUCGUUUAUUGCGGUCCAAAUGUUUGGACUGGUUGGACCAGAGUUGUUCGUUUAUGAAAUAAAGACGGACCUGGUGAAUUUUUGUCAUUUUCGUAAAUACCUGCACAUUUAGAUUUGGUGCAAUUUCCAUUAAAUCUCAUUUUCUUAAGUUGAGAGGUUCGCGUGAUGAUGAAUUGGCACACCCACAUCUUUUAAUAUUAAUAGAAAUAGAAUUCAUUUCAAUCAUAAUUCAUAGCUCUAUGCAUAAAAGUCUAAAAUUAUAAGUUGGUUUGCAUCGUCUUUAUCAAGAUAUCUUAUAGGCUUGUUUCAAUGAAGAUUAUAGUCAAUGUGACUGCAAUUAUGUAAUACUGUAAGUCACAUUGCCUACACUGAAAGAAAAAUGGAAUUUACUAUGUUUUCAGGCAAAGGGUUGGCGGUAUUGUUCAAGUUUGAAAUGUGAUGCGUUAUGAAAUGUGAUUUUAACCAAAGAUAUUUUGUGAUAGGGUCAGUAGAAAGGGUAGGUGAUGGUGAUUUGUCAUUAGUGAGGGUAGGUGAUUGUGAUUGGUCAGUAGUGAGGUUUAGUGAUUGUGAUUGGUCAGUAAUCAGGUUAGGUGAUUGUGAUUGGUCAGUAGUCAGGUUAGGUGAUUGUGAUUGGUCAGUAAUCAGGUUAGGUGAUUGUGAUUGGUCAGUAGUCAGGUUAGGUGAUUGCAGAGCAGGCAGAAUUUAGUUCAAAGUUAUGAAGCCAUUCAAAUUAAACUUGUGUUUUACUUACAUAGAAAAGGCAAUAAAACUCCUAAUGGAGUGUUAUGUGAUGAUGAAACCAAAUUUAUAUUUUGUUUCUGUUCAUUUAUAUCACAUACUGGUUCUGUAUCAAGCUGGAGAAUGGUACAUGUAAGUUAAGGAAGGAUUUUCAAGCCUUAGCUGGGUCUACAACUGUUUUUGGGCAGAAUUCCAUGUUAAAUGUUAAGGUUGUUAUUUUGAAGAGGUCAUAUUUUUUCGCCAAUAUUAUUGUCACUUUCUGAUUUUGUCUAAAAACUACAUAACCUUGCUUUGAACAGUUGAUAUAUAUGUAUAUAUUUAUACAUAAUUUUAGCCAUAAUACAAAAUAUAAUAUCCUUUGGCUUGGUAGCAGAAUGAUUGGUUCGACCAGAUAAACUUGAAAUUCAUUCAGAUAUUGUAUGUGGCUAUUAAAACAGCCAGGAUCACAUUUGGGAUGGUUUGUGAAGAUUGGAACACUAUCUGUCAGUCUGUCACAUUUGACACCAAAAAAAGAAGUAUUUUUUUUUACAAGAUAUCUUUUGAACCCCUAUUUAGUAAUCCAAAUAUAUUAGACAUUUAGUCUUUAUAUAUAGACAUCUUGGUUUUGAUUUUUAUGUCAUCGCAUGACUCCGGAGCAAAAUGUUUUACCCGGCGUCAGUUUGUGUGUCAUGUUAAGAUUUUAGGGCAGAGGACCCAUUUUAAUAGUGAUGGUCUAUUGAGCAGAUUCGACUAUGAUAUGAUAUACAAUUUGCGAUGAUAAUCAAACUAUUUCUGUCUAAAAUAAUUGACAAAAAGGCAUGAAAAGGUAUUUGUGUCAACAUAUCUCUUGACUAGUUCUAAUUUUGUGAUAAUUUAUGAUAUAACAAAUUGGAGUGUGUUUUGUGUAAUAAUUUAAAAACUUAAUCCUUUUUUCCUUUGACUUCUGAAGUUCAUAUGUUAUACUGAAGAAGGAUUUGUGUGAUUUUUUGUUUGUUUUGAUAAAUAAGUUAUACGCGAAUUACAUUUUUAUUUUAUCUGUCAUAUCUUUUUUUGUGAAUAUCUGUACAUUUGAAUUCCACUGGCAAGAAUUGAAUCUGCUUACGUUCAUCGAAUCUCGAAUAUAAAAAAUACACUAAACACAUAUGAUCUACGGUAUUUAAUCCUCACAAAACAUUGUCAGAUUUAAUUGGCAUAACUAAAUAAUGUGUGGAUUUUUUUUGAUCUUGAAUAUUACAGGAGAAAUGGGAUGUUGAAAAUCUGUAGGUAAUUAUUAUCACAAUCAUAGUGAUGAGUUGGAGGAAACAGUCGUUGAUAUCUCUUUAAUUACGAUUAUGAGAUUGAAAACAAAACAUUGUAAGGCAGGUUUUAAAUUAAUUCAUUUUCCCUUAAAACUGGACAUAUAUUUUUGACAAGAAUAUCGUAGAUCAUAUGGCUUUAAAUGAUAUUUUACUAUUAUACAUUAAAUCCCAGUUGAAAAAAUACCAUAUGUUGAUUUCCAUGACGGUUUGAUCUCAAACUAAUAUUGAGAACUUGUAAAUAAGUUUUUAGGUCAUUGUGUUCAGAAUGACUGUACAUGUAUAAUUUAUAGUUCAUGUUUAAACGUCCAUUCAUCAACAUUUUUUUGGUUAUGCAUAUAAUGGCCUAACAUUUGGGAAUGUUUUCAUAUGUUUCUGAUACAUGUAUAUACAACUGUAUAUUGUUUAGGUCUGCACAAGUUAAGUACCUUUCAAGAAGAGACCAAUUGGGGACAAUUUUACUAUGUGUUGAAUAUAUACUUAAGCUCUCGUAAUGAAAGACGUUUUAUAUCAAAGAUAUGGAUAAAAUAUAUCAAUUGAUAUAACUAUAUAAAGUGUAAUGAAAAAAAAAACAUACAAAAGUUUCUUUUACCCAGAGUAUUACGCAAGAAAUUCCAUUUUUGUGUGUUGAAAAUCAGUAGGUAAUUAUCAUCAAAACAGUAACAUUGGGUUCGCGGAGAACAAUCACCAAUAUUUCUAAUUUUGUUUAUGAGAGUAAAAGCAAACCAAUGGACGAUAUUUUUAAUUCAUAGUCGUUUACCUGAAAACUGGAUAUGUAUUUUCACCUGAAUAUCGUAGACUCUGAGUUUUAACUAAUGUAAUACCUGGAUUUGUAUGAAGAUAUCUAUUUAAACUCUGAAAAGAAUGAAAGAUUGUAGUAAUUUUAUAUACCAGAGGUUAUAUGUUUAGCUGACUAAGUUUGCUGCUCGUAAGUUGCACAUGAACUGUUGCAAAGUUAUUAGGCUAAUGCUGAGUAUACCCCAAAACUUCAGUCAUACAUGUAUAUAUCACUAAAGAAGUUAUUUUUGCAUAAUACACAUUUCAAACUUCUUCUCACGUUUCCCCUUUGGGAUUCAGCUCAAACUUGCCUCAAAUGAUCGUGCGAUUGUCCUGCUUUGGUGUUGUAAUUUUUUGGAUCGGCCUUAAAUCCAAGAUCCAAAUUAUAUUCUAAAAUUCCAUUGCUGGAUUUAGUUGAAACUUGCCAGGAAUGAUCCUAUGAUGGUACUGAUGAAGUGUUAGUAUUUUUUGAAUGGGUCCAGAUUCCCACAUGGAAUUCCAAUUAUUUUCAGUACCUCUUUACUGCUAGUGAGUAUGUAUACUACACUAGUAUUAGGGCCUUUAUAGAAAAAUGGCCGUUAAGGCUCGUGGGCCUCUUGUUUGAAGAUAUUUCUUGUUACCCUAUUUUUGGCAUGUUUGGACAAUCAUUCACCAAAUUUUUUGUCAGAAUCAUCAUGUUUAAGUGAUGGUUCAAGUUUUGAAAUGACUCGCUAUUCGCUUAAUAACUGUAUUAGGAUGUCGACAAUAUUUCAUUUUUUUGUAAAUAUCAUCAUUUGGUAUAUCUGACAUGCGGGGGCCGGUAGGGGACAUGUUUUGAUUAAGCAAUAGAUACUCUCAGAAUGCAUAUUUCAAAAUUUGGUGUGGAGCAUUAUUGGAGAGAAGAAAUCAAAUGUCAUAUUAUUAAUGGACGUCUUGUUACAAUACGGGAAAUAAGGGCAGGAGCAUUACUGGGCAGUGACUAUUAUGUUUUGUAUGGAGGACGUGUCUCCCCUUGGGUCAGAGAAGCAGGGCCUAUUAUAAGGGAAAAUAGAGUGAAAUCCUUUGAAUUGCUACUAGUCCUUAACUACUGAAUGAUUUUUUAAUCAAAUUUGCUCUGGAGCAUUACUGGUAAAGGAGGUCGAAUAUUAUAUAAAUGUCAGGUCUGGCUCUCCUGGUGUCAGAGGAGGCCCCAUAGGGAAAGAAAAUUGUUUCGAAGUCUUAAUCCAUCUGUAUGGAAGGAAUGAUUUUUUUGACUUCGGCAUGCAGGAUUCUUUGGAAAACCUGAAAGCUGAAUGUUGUAUAUUAUCUAUAGUAAUGGAAGUAGGGAGGUGGGGUCCAAUAGAGGAAGUCACAAUUGUAAAUAUUAGUGAGAUUUCAUCUAAAUUAAAAAUCAUUUGAAUAUGUUGAUUUCCUUGCAAGGUGCAGAGAGGUGGCUCCAUAAAUGGGGAAAUGUUUUCCAAUAUCUAGCGAUGUAGGCUCGACCCAUUUUCUUAGUGAAACAGUGAGAAAAGGCAUGAGCCUGGAAAUUUUAUGAUUAAUGACUUUUCUAGUGAAAUGGAUAUAUAUACAAAUGUAUGUUACCCUGGAAACAAUCCAAAGUUAAAGAUAAUAUUGCAGCACUAUAGAAAAAAGGAGAAGUUUUGGUAAAACAUCUAGUGAGUUAGUUGUACAUUCCAGAAAUAUAAAUGUUCUUUCAUAAAACAGUUGUUUUGAAUGUUUUUAUCCGUGUUACUCCUUCCGUUCUGUCAAAUAAAAGCCAAAUCUUUUAUUAAAUGCUGUCUGAGGACGAAGGUAGGAUUGACACGGUACUCGUGAUACAGGUAUAGAAAGUAAAACAGUGUACGGUAGGUCAUAGUACUCUUGUCUCAUGUUUGAAUCUCUUACCGGAAAUAUAUUUAUACUGUUAUGUGCUAGGAUUGCAUAUUAAUUCAGGAGAUGAUAUAAACUUUGUUUCGUUACAGUUGUUAUGGGGAUGUAGUAACACGUGCUAUAAUGACAAUGAUCUUUAUAAUGUAGUUUUAAUUGUUUGUCUUGUAUAUGUAUUUUGAAUAUUGACAUUAAGAGUUCAUCCAAUGUGUCUUAAAAUCCUCAAAAUAAAAGAUAUAUUAUACAGAA